AUGGACCCUGAAAACAACAGCCCAGAAGGGCUUUCGAUUGUCCCGAGCCGACUCCAGGGUCCCAGCAAUACCGACCCAGGCAGCGCGGGCAAACGGAGGCCGGUGCGCCGAGACCCUGAGAAGAGACGACAGCAGAAUAUACAGGCCCAGAAGAAGUACAGAGAGAAAAUCAAGAAGCGGCUCGAACAGCUUGAAACGUUUGCCGCCUCCGUCCGCGACGAAAGUGCAGUGAGCUCGGAAGCCACACCUGAAGCCGGUUCCAAUGUGGCCCCUGUGCCUGGAAGUAGCCCAUCAACCAGCACAACUGUCACCCAGCGUUGCGCCCACCAUGACAUGCAACAGAAUGAUGGCUUCGACUUCUUCGACUUUUCCGUGGACUUCUUUAAUCACACACCCUCUCACCCCAAACCUGCAGCCUGCACAGACACCGCUCUGUCCAGCUGGGACCCAAGCCUUUCCGUAGACCUUACUCACCUCAUCCAAAACAAGGAUACGACAUCCAGGUCACAAUAUUGGGUUGGCUUCAUCGACUGCGGCUGUGUCAGGCCCCAUGUCCAAGUAAGCUCAGAAACUUCAAGGGACUGGGGGGAUAUGAAGGUGUUGAGUAUUGGGCCAAGCUUACUCACACCCGAUCCCUAUAUGAACACGCUCCGAGUCGAACGUAUUUGCAUCCUCCAGGCCAUCAUGUCGAAUUGCUUGCAAAUAGGUAUCACGGAAGAAAUGUUCUGCGGCGAAGAUGCCAUUUCCCCAUUCUUCCGCUCCAGGGGCAAGGCUGUCGAUGAAUCCGGGUCCGACAACACGGUGAUGACAGUCCAGCGCAUCUUCAAGACUCUCAAGCCGGACGUGAGGCCCAUCAAGGAGCAGGUUACCAUGAUGCAUCGCCCAGUAAUUGAUGUGCUACCAUUCCCGACAUUCAGAAAAAACCUUAUAACGAGUGGAGAUGCCAUCCACGAGGAGGAGCUCUACCAUGACCUCCUCAACGGACUGAUAUGUUGGGGCGGGGCAGGGGUUGGAAAGAAGGACAGAGAUACCUCAACGGGUCACACAUCGACCGGCACGCCGUGGGAUUCUCGAAGCUGGGAAGCUAGGGUCUGGUUCUUGCAGAAGUAUUGGACACUGCUUGGCGGCGAAGAGGGUGAAUUGGUUCGUCAGAGCGAGUGGUGGCGAAAUAUGAGAGGAGAUGAGGAUGAUUCAUGGUUGGGACAGUAA